GAGGAGCUCAAUCUGCUUGAGCGAAUUGAUGAGUUCUCCCCAGGCUCCUUCGGUGCAGUCUACAAGGCUGAGCUGGGCUCGCUGCUGGUGUGCGUCAAGAUCAUGCGGGUGCACUUUGAGACGUUGGACGAACACACGGUUGAGAGCUUUCGACAGGAGGCCGACUUUCUGUUACGUACCAAGCAUCCCAACCUCGUGCGGUUCUUGGGCAUGGGUGAGACAAAGGACGAUCCCCCCCAACCCUUUGUGGUGCUCGAGCUCGUGCUGCAAGGCUCUCUGUCAGAGCUGCUGCACGUGAAAAAAGUGCAGCUCAACCACCGACGAAAGCUUUCACUUGCCCAUGAUGUGGCCUGUGGCCUGGCCUUUAUCCAUGCCUUGGGCAAGCUGCAUCGCGAUAUCAAGCCUGGCAACGUCUUGGUAACGUCAGACUGGGUGGCCAAGAUUACUGACUUUGGCAGCAUUCGAAAUAGC